AGCAAGCACAGAGGGAUAAACGAAGGGGAAGGGCUAAGGGAGAGGGAGAAGGGGAGUAUUCGGAUCGGGCCAAGUAGUGCUGUAUGGAGGAGUUAAUUUUGUUGAGCGUUUCCCCUGCGCAUGCGUGCUGUAGACCGCUAGCGUGUCGAUUGCGCCAUGCUUCAUCCAGCAACUCCUCCUUUUCUCGUUUUGCUCUUAGGACAUGGCGUAUACAGUGUUUCCCCUCAUUCCCGGUGGUUAGGGGCCAGACAGGUCCAUGGUGUAAUAUGACAAAGGGAUUUGUGGGUAGAAAGGCGACUAAAAAUGGCUCUUCGGACUCGAGACGAGCUCCCUUAUUGCAUAAUGGCUACACCGCAUGACUGACAACCGAACCCGGAAAACCGGCUGUAUUGGUGGCAGCGAGUGGAGUUUUUUUUUAUUUUUUUCUUUUGGAGCUAGCUAAUCGCUAUGUGGUUCCCGGACGAGGACCGACCGAAACCCACGGCCCAGACAUCUCGAGGCCACCGCGGGAAUGGGGAGAGGCCUGCAAUGAGGAGUUGGCGCGCAUUUUCUGCUGUGGGACAGUCAUCCGGAUUGGACCAAAGUGGACUAUAACUCAGCGAAUGACAAACUUGGCGCGGCUUUCGGACAGAGGCAGACGCUGGAGCGCUUCAGGACCAAAAUGCAAGAUCUACUCUUUUAAUUUCUUCAUGUAAUUAAUUCCAGAGAUUUACAGAUCUAGUGUUGGUUGAGCUUUUGUAUUCUUGGAAGUUGAGAUUGUUUUUAAAUAUUGCUAAAGUUCUAUUUAAAAAAAACAACCACAUUUUUGUUAAUUACUUUACUUUUAUGGAUGUGAAAUUUGGCCAUGAAUAAAAACAUGUUAAUACAAAAGAAAGCAUCAUGAUCUUUGAACCUGAAGUUAUGGAAACCAAAAGUAACAUCUCUGCAAUACGGUUGAAAAUCGAGCAAGUAAUGAAUAUGUGGAUGUUUUUGCAAAUCUUAAACGUAGAUUCACACAACCAAAAAAAAAAUGAGUUGUAUCAGGUUCCCUCUGACAAAAGCUUGUGUUUAAAUCGUGUUUAAAUUUAGACAGAUAAUGUUUUGCAGGGUAAAACUUGUAUAUUAACUUAAAUGAAAUGUCUUUGACUUUGCUAAAAAGAAUCUAUGUGGUAAUGUCCAAAUUUCUUUCCAUUCAAGGUGUUCUACAAAACCUUAUAGCUACAUAAUCUUAUAAAAUAAGCAUAUAUUUAUUUGUUCAGGAAACAAAUAUCACAAAUGAACACUAUAAUAUACUAUUCCUUCACGUUUCCUUAGAAAGGCUGUGAGCUGGAGCUGAUUCUGAUGUCAGAGACCCAAGCUGCACACCACAUCAACAACGGUGAAAGACAGAUGCAGAACCUGAUGAUGGAGACCCUCAUCCACUGAGGUUCAACCCCAGACGCAUCCCAGGUGCAAUAUGAGCUUCAGAAAAUUUGACACAUGGGCAGGCAGGGCGGGACCUGAAUCAACUAUCUUCUGUCGACCGCCCCACCUCUGCACCACGGCGGCUCGCCUAAGACCUACACGGUCAAAACAAAACACACUGGGACAUGGUUGCUGCUUAUAUCUGCUGUGCUGAAGACCACGGAAACUGGAACGAUGGCACCUCAGAAGUCAUGACUUGGGACUGAUGGGGAGGAGCUCGGUGUGGUCCCACCCUCUGCUGACUUUUAAACCUCGUCUGUGAUGACUUCUGUUCCGCAUUUGUCUUUCUAAAAGUGGUAGUCAUGGCUCACUGCAAGGUAGAGGAGCAGCAUCAAGACCCCAAAGAUGUUCCUGCGGUCGCUGAUGUGCGCCCUCGACGUCUCGUCUCAGAAGACGUUCAGUCAGAUCCGACAAAUGCAACAGUCAAAUCCCAGAAAACCGGGAAAUUCAGGAAGACCGCUUUGACGUUUUUUGGAGUUCGUAAAGGUAUCUGUAUUUUGCCGAGUUUUUUUGGGGGCCGUAGUAAAAAUCAAAGCAAAUGGUCAUCAAAGAAAGGAAUUAGCAAAAGCAAAACCCACGACGGGUUAAGUAACAUCAGCCACACAGACCAUCUGGGAAAUGUGUGCUCCUCGGCUGAGGCUUUUGAGUACCACAGUGCAGAGCUCCAAAGCAGCUGUCACAACGAAUGUAGUCACUCCGCUGAUCAGCAGAAAUCACUGACACUCGGUCGACACAGAAGGGGUUUGAGAAGUCUCUUUCAGAGUUUUAAGCAAAGCAGAGGUCAGAGAAAUGCUGGCAUGGAUACAACAGAAAUGAUUGCAAUAUCCUUUCCUCAGUCUGGGGGAAAGGUGGCCGCUGUCCAGGACAGCCGGCCUGUCACUGAGUGCCUGGGAUCUGAACCUGAUGUGCCUGAUUUCACAGAUGCCAUGAUAUGUGGCAUUCCCAUUGGUCCUGAAUGUAGCAAUGCAGAUGUAAUGCAAUUAGAGAACAGUGCAGAGAAAGAAAGACCAAAGUCUGAGCUGGGUGGUCCGCAGCAUGAUGACCUGCUGGAGGAAGCUGCUGCGGCAGCUGGAGCUUCCACUGAUCACGAAGAGACCCUGGUAGAUUCUAGUGCACCGUGUGUGGAGCCUCAGACGAGGCCUGCAUUGAAGUCGAAAACUCCUCAAGGCUCCUCGGAUGGACUCGACCUGCUGUUUGACGAUGUGGCGUCGUUGAAGAGCUUUGAUUCGCUGACUGGCUGUGGGGACAUCACUGCAGAUCAGGAAGACGACAGCAUCACAGACAGCACUGUUUCUGGAGAGAGGAGCAGAAACGGAGGGAAGAGGGCUUCCUGUUACCUUACUUACCAAGGCGGUGGGGAAGAAAUGGCCUCGCCUGAGGAUUUCGAUGAGACGUGCCUUCAGGAGUUUUGGGGAAACGAUGAUGAAAUCUGCUGCGCUUGUGAUCCAGACCAGACAGACACAAAUGAGCUGACUAGUUCUCACAAUUUGGGCUCAUUGAACAGUAACAGUGCUCAGCAGGCUGUCGGUAUAGUCGUUUCCUCCACUGCCGAUGCCCUAACUCCUCAAAGUGAACAUCAGGAGUCAUUUCCAAAUAGCGAUGAGGGUUACUAUGACUCAACGACCCCUGGACCACAGGAAGGACAGGAAGAAGAUAACGGGUUAAGAGCAGGCAGAUUACCCAGGGACAGUUACAGCGGAGAUGCCCUCUAUGAACUUUUUGCGCCUGAUGAGAGUCUGAUCAGUCCUCAUUACGAGAACAAAUCUCAUCCCAAUUCCAAAUCGAGCACCUUUGUGUCUGAGCCAGGGGACGAGACGGAUGCUGCCUUUGUUCCCGAGAUGAAUCGCUUACGAAUAGGUGCUGAACUAUACGAAGAGAGUUUUCUAGAGAGUCCGGGCAUGUGCAGUAAGUCCUUGGAGUUGACGCAAAAUGUUGAAAGCCAACAGGAAAUCAGAGUGAAAAAAAACACUAAUUCCAAACAACAAACGUCACUAAACAUGAAAGAUGCUGCACCGGACAUUUUUGAUGAAACUGGAAAAGUGCUCACUUCCAAUGAAAAGAGAAUAUCCACAAACGCUGAUUGCAGCGUAGCAUUCGGGAGCUCAACUCAUCCAGACUAUGAAACCUUUUGCGGACCUAAAGAGGAGCAUCUUGAAGAAAACAAACCUGUGGCUUUACCGUACAUAAACAAGAGUUCCCCAGCUGAAGAGUGCACCGCCUUCCUGGACGACGGGCAGACGGUGUGUUUCUCACAAGCACUUGAAGAUUACAACAAACACACUCAAAUGCUCAGCAACAGUGCGGACGAUUUGGACACGAGUUCUGCUUUCACUCCAAACAUGGAGGCCUUACCCCCCAUAGUGACGUUCGACGUGGUGGAUAUGCACAAUGAGGGUGAAUAUGAUGAGCAGAUGCGCAUGGACCUAGAGGAGGACAUCUCCUCACCCUAUCAGGAGUUUGAGGAAAGCUACCUUCAAAAAGAUGGGUUUGCUGAGUGUGAUUAUCAGAUGUUUGAUCUGUAUGAUCACAGUCUGAUCAGCAAUGCGUGGGCCGUUGCCAGUCUCCCCCGGCAACAUAUAGGAAUCUGCCAGUCCAUGCCUCACCCAUUAACCCAUGAUAAGAGAAGCAGAUCUCUGGACACUGAAGGUCCUAAUGUAUGCACAGAAUCCAGGGCGGCUGUUGCUUAUUCCUCUCGACUGGAAAAGGAUUCAAGCUCUUUACCGUACUACAAAAAGAAUACAGUUGUGUCGGCCUCAGAAGCUGGAAACGGUAAUGGAAUAAUGUCUUCGUCGUGGCAUCCCCGGACAGAUGAAGACGUCACUGGAAAAGCCCCAAGUGCGAGUUCUCAUCACUCCUCCAGUGGGGACUUUUUUGACGUCAAGCCGCAUCAUCUUUGCACUACUGUGUCUGACGACACUAGCUGUGAUUUCAUUUCGCACAAUUCAGAUUCAAACGGCAGACAGCGUCACUUCGCUCUGCUGUCAGACUCCUGUGGACCUCAGGGCACCCUGGUUUACGCUGGAAUGACAGAGCAGGAUCAUGGGGAUCGUGUUUUCUGUAACCCUGCUGCCAAUUUGAAACCCUUCAACCAGAGCAGCAAAGGCAGAGCAGAAGGUGGCAGCCUUCCUCAGAGUCCUCCAAAGGGAGCUUUGUCUAAAGAUAAAACGUCCGUCCUCAGCGAAACAUCAAACGAUGGGGUGUUCCCUGUGGCUUGCAGCAAGCUUCCUGAGCUCGCUCUUAACUGAAAGAAUCUGCCACACAGUUUGGAUGAGAAAUGCCAGCAAUCACUUUUUAUAUUUGUCCAAAGGAAAAAAAAAAGUUUGCACACUCGCAUGUAUGGAGGAGCUGUCCACUCUGACAGGAAGCGGAGUUGAACCGCUUGAAUAAACUGACAAGUGAUGUCCAGAACAUCCGGUUUUCUGCAUUUGUGCUGUACCAGUCUCCAUGCACAGAGGGCUCAUAGAUGUAGAUGAAAAUAAUUUAAAGGAGCAGCUGUUUCAUUUUCCAUUAAAGUUCGUAACCAUUAAGCUACUGAAUUUUACAAGAAUGUUUUAACCCACCUGUAGCCUUGGCAUUGAGGUCUCUGCACCGAUGCCACACUCGCUUGUGAGGGUAAUCAUCAGCCUGGCUUCAGCUGUACAACCCUGCUGCGCCUGUUGCCUUUUGAACAUAUGAAUGCUUUGCUUUUAAUGUCAGCUUGUGUUUGUUUUUACUGCAUCUCAAAGCUAUGAGUCCACAGAAGCAUCCCAUAUAAUUCCAGGUGUUUGAAUUUUCUUUACCUGAUUUUAAAAACAUUUCAGACAAAAGAUGCUCUGACGGGUAACUGUGCAUUUUCAAUGUCAAACAACAAAAUAGGCCUAAUAUGCGGAAUAAAGUUUAAAUAAUUGAUCCCUGCCUGUAAAUUCACCACCAGGUCUUCACUUGUGUUUUCAUCUGUGGCUCGCUUCCUCUGUCAGCAAUUCCAGACACAUUUGUGUCUGACAGAUCAACACACCACAGCUGGUUUGUGUUUCUCUUUCACUCAAGCAUAGUCGGUAAAGGAAGUGGACCUUUUUUAUUUCAAUCUUUUUCAGCUGGCAAUAAAAUCAACAAUAGGGAUAUGUAAUUUAACGGCACAAGAUUCAAUUUUUUAAAUCGGUUUUGAACAAUCAUUUGGCUCCUGUGGGUUCAGGUUUUAGAUGCAUUAAAACUAUUUUGGCUCUUUUAGUUCUUCUUUAUAGCUCUGCUUUUCCACUGAGUUCAUGGUAAAUAGCUGGAGAUGUAGGUAUAGGAUUUGUUUAUCAUUCACAAUGUCAACUCCAAUAUUCAUUUUACAUUUUGACAGUUUUUCAGGGGAGCUCAGACUCAUUAGCAUGUUUUCUUUCUCACUAAAAUUCCCCUGUGUGGGAAAUAUUCAUGAAUUUUCUCAUAAGCAGUUAAACAUUGAAUCAUGAAGGAGAUCACAUGAUUAUGGACUGGGAUUGCUUUUUUUUUUAGCUCAGAAAAACAAUGCUUUUAUUUGUGUUGCGCUUGUUUCUUUGUUUUUGUUCUGGUUUUAAUUUGAAAUAGCUCCACCUCCUGGGAAGUAAGAAGGUUCAGAUGAAACUCUUGCUCUUCAAAACUGCAUUUCAGUAAAUGUGAGGGAUGAAUAAGUGGUUAAAUUUCAAAUCAAUUAAGAUAAGCUAUUUUUUCUUCUUUUAAAAUGGAGUGUUAUUUUUCUGUCUGUGUAAUAUUAGAAAAAUGUCUAACUGUCUUUAUAGCCCUAGUUUCUUAUUUCUUGUAUCAUGUACAGUUUGGCUGUUACAAAUGGCAAUAUUGUGUUUACGUUUUCUUAGUUCAAUUUUUAUUUUACUUUUGAACAUCUUUUGCUGUAUGUCUGAAUACAACACUGCCUUACAAGAGAAUAAACAUGAUAUCAAAGUUUUA